AUGACGCUGGAACAGCCUUCUCUUAGCGAGAAAAUCGACUAUUUUAACCGGUUGAAAUCAUUUGAAGACAAUGGCGAAGAUGCAUUUGACGUGCGCGAAGAACAAGACCGUCUGCAGCUUGCCCGAUUCUUCCACACCAGAAUGUCGCCCGCGCCUCAAGUCCAUCAAAAGGCAGCAGACAUAGAUAAUCAACCCGCAGCGAAGCACCUUGAAGAUCUAACGCGAUCAACUGCAUCCAAACCAAUAACUAUAAAGGCGACUCCUCAGAAUCUCACUCGCACGCGCCUCAACAACCUCCUCGACCAGGACCAAGACGACACCGUAGUGCCGGACUCGAACCGUCCCUUGACGGGGAGGAAUACGCCGUUGCUUAGACGCCUGGGAAGCACUGAUUCACCUUCGAACCUGAUGUCUAAGAAACGGAAACGCGAUUCUAUUCAACUCCGUCCAGAAGGAGAGCAGAUUCUCAAGGGCCUUUCAUUUUACUAUAUACCAAAUAAUGAUAUUGCACCCGCUAGAAGACUACGUAUCAAUAAAGCUCGUGAGUUCGGAGCUUUGUGGACGCGGGAGAUAGCGAGUGCGACGCAUGUCAUUGUUGAUAAGGGGAUUCACUACAAGGACGUGGAAAAGGUUGUGGCCGGGAAGGACGUGUGUGUUGUGAGUGAAGAGUAUCCUGUGGAUUGUAUUCGCUUUAGGGCGUUGCUGGAUGGGAGGCAGAAGAAGUAUAUGCUCCAGGGGCAGCCUGAUGUGACCGUGCAGGAGGAGACGGCGAAGGAGGUGACAAGUUCGGAGGAGUCGACAACGUCAUUGAAGAUUAAGCCUCAGCAUAGGGAUUCGAGGAGGUGGGAUUUCGUGCCGCAGCUGGGGACGCCCUUGAGGAGUGUGGAGGGGACGCCAGCUGUGGAAGAUUCGCAACCGGGGGAUGCUGGGCGGGAGAGUGAGAAGAAGGGGUUGGAUGUGGAUGAUGAGUUGUCGGGAUACAUUUUGAUGAUGCAGGAAUUUAAGGACCUUCCGCUCGAUAAUGACGAUGACGAUGGUCGAUCUGUGGCGGAUCAUACAGAGGUUCCGUCAGAUGAGGAAGAGCGAAUCUCGUCUGGGGAUGAGAAGAAGACCAGGUCGGGUAAGAAACGGGUUGGUCAGAAAGACAUGAGGUUUGAGGAUCGGUUCGCCUGCAAUCAGGCUGGGGCGCAAGAUGCGUAUCAGAACAAUCCGAAUGCUAGGACGAUUGAGGUUCUACAGAGCAUGGCUAAUUACUAUGAUCGAAUCAACGAUCACUGGAGAACAACGGGAUACCGCAAGGCGAUUACGACUUUGAAAAGGCAAUCUUCCAAGAUUACCACAGAGGAGGAAGCAUUUAGGCUGCCGCAUAUUGGACGAAGAAUUGCCCAGAAAAUUGAGGAGAUAGUCACGACAAAUAAACUCCAGAGACUGGAGUAUGCACAGGAUGAACCGAUGGAUGGCUCUCUCCAGAUAUUCCUACAGAUAUACGGUGUGGGCACGAAGCUCGCUCAACAGUGGCUUGCUCACGGUUAUCGAACACUUGAAGAUGUCAAGACAAAGGCCAAGCUCAACCCUAGCCAACGAGUCGGGGUAGAGCACUUUGACGAUCUUAACACCAGAAUUCCUCGCCGUGAGGUAGAGGCUCUGGGGGCGGUUGUGAGAAAGACAGCGGCAAGGAUUGAUCCGCAGGCCGAGUUGAUAAUUGGCGGGAGCUACCGCAGAGGGUCUGACAGUUCAAAUGACAUCGACUUUAUCGUGACCAAGUUGGGCACAGACUCGGUGGCACAACUGCGGCCGUUCUUAAAUGAAUUGGUUCGUACGUUGGAGAAGGAGGACUUCCUCACGGCACGCCUGGCAUCGUUUCAUACUGGCGGUGAUGGCAGCAAAUGGCACGGUUGCUGCGUCCUCCCGAAAACGAAGGGCAUCAACGACACGGACUACCGGCCGAUUUGGCGACGCAUUGACUUUUUGCUUGUGCCGGAGUCGGAGAUGGGUGGUGCGCUGAUUUAUUUUACGGGUAAUGAUAUUUUUAAUCGCAGCAUACGGCUGCUGGCGUCGAAGAAGGGCAUGCGCCUCAAUCAGAGGGGGUUGUUCAAAGAUGUGGUUCGGGGUCCGAAUAGGGUUCGGGUUACGGACGGGGAAUUGGUGGAGGGGAGGGAUGAGAGGAGGAUAUUUGAGAUACUGGGCGUGAAAUGGCGAGAACCGCAUGAACGGUGGUGCUGA